CACGAUAUUGUUAACGUAUUCCUUGAAAAUGAAAGAGUUUCCAUAGUCGAGUACAAUGGAGAAAGAAACAGUCAAAGACAAAAGAUGUGUUUUGCACAUUGAUAAUCUUCCAUCAUCAGCAAAUAUUAUUUUGUUUCAAGACUUCACUCUAAAAAAAUGUCAAGAUGCUGAACUUGUUCACAAAUAUCGUCUAAAUAAGGGUACUUCAUUCUACAAAGACAUAGUUUUGCCUUCAGUUCCUGAUCGUCAUUCAGGUUAUCAUUCCAAAUGUUAUUCGAAAUAUACAGCUGUGUCAAGUGCUUCAAAGCAGAGAGUUGUUCAGCAAAAAGAAAGUGACGAUACUCCUUCACCAGAAGCUUCAGCAGAACCACUUCCAGAGGUUAAUCAUAACAUUGGGAGACGGUCACUCAGGUCAAACAGACACUGAAACCGACAAAAGUUCUCAUAUUUUCCCAAUAGUUUGUUUAUUCUGUGAAAAGAAAGACAAGAAGAUUUCAGGCAAAAGAGAGGUCCUUAAUCAAAUUUUAACAAUAGAAUUUCAAGAAAUUGUUUGGAAGGAGGCUCAGAUAAAACAAGAUGAUCAACUAAUUCGAAAGA